UUCAGCCAAUCGCAACCAUUUUGCUUUGGGUGGGGUUAAUACCUAUAUUAAGAGGCUGCGGAACUGAGUUGGUCAGCACAGAAUUCUUAAAUACGCAACGGGAAGUUAAACAGGUGUGAAGGUCUUUAGAUUUGCCAACAUGGUUCAGUGGACUGAUGCUGAGCGCGCCGCCAUCGCUGAUAUCUUCGGCAAAAUCGACCGCGAUGUAGUUGGACCAAACGCACUUGCCAGGUGCCUUAUCGUGUACCCCUGGACCCGGAGAUAUUUCGGUGGCUUUGGAAACUUGUACAGCGCCGAUGCCAUCCUGGCGAAUCCCAAGGUCGCUGCCCACGGAAAGGUUGUGCUUGGCGGGCUGGAGAAGGCUAUGAAGAACUUGGAUGACAUCAAGAAAACCUUCGCCCCGCUGAGCGAGCUGCAUUCAGAGAAACUGAACGUGGACCCCGAUAACUUCAGACUGCUGGCUGACUGUCUCACCCUCGUCAUUGCUGGGCAGAUGCGCGCUGCGUUCACACCGGAAGUUCAGGCAGCGUGGCAGAAGUUUCUUGCUGUUGUUGUUUCUGCUCUCUGCAGGCAGUAUUACUAAAGUAUCUCAAUAAAUCAAAGGGAAUGAAUUAAAAUGGUCUGUUCUGUUUUAUUGUAUUUCAUCUACACGCAGUCCAUAUACAUAGACCUGCAAGCAGUAUUACUAAAUUGUUUUUAUCUGAAUGGACAAAGAAUAAAAAAAAAAGUUUCCUUUUUUAAUAAAAGUCAAAUGAACAGUAA